AUGCGCCCGGGAGUAUGGGGCCUUAUUGUAACACCAGGCAAAGAGUACUCAGUUGGGAGAUGCCAGGCAAAGAGUACUCAUUUGGGAGAUGCCAGGGGAGCUGAUCCCUCUCACACUUAUGUGGCCGAUGGGCUGGCGGGAUGGCUGGACAGCACUGCAGAGGAGGAGGAGGGUGUGGAGGCGGAAGGUGCCGCCGCCGCCACCGUGAGUGCCGCGACAGAAACAACGUGGGGGUCAAAUCUGGAUGAGGACGCGGCGGUGGCGGCAGCGGAGGCCUUGCACCAGGUUUCAGGGCGGGAAGCCGGCAGGGGGCCUGGCUCAGUGGCAACAGCAUCCGCAGCGUGGCGGCGGUGGCGGCAACCCGUCAAGGAGUGGGUGCUGGAUCUGGUGACGGAGGAGGAGAAGGAGGAGGACGAGCACCAAGCGCCCUCUGACAUCUUCUGGGCAAUUCCCCCCUUGCUGUACACCUUUCUAACCCCACGCCAUUACAACGUUUCCCUGGGACUGCAGGCCCCUGCCUACUCGGGGCGCCUGCACCUGGCCCUGUUUUACAAGUACGGUGCCUACUACAGCUUGGCGCACUGCCUGGCAGGAGUGCACUACAGCCUGUCCAUGCGGCCACUGCAGGGGUGGGUCCUUCAGAGUUUGAGAGGCAACAAACCCAAAUGA